CAACCAGACAGGGAGGUAAUCAAGUCAUACUAGAAAAUACGUAAAUUUAAGAGUGAACGUUCUUGACAUAUGAAGUUGACCCUUACGAAACAUAAACAUGGCAUCUAUCAGAAGCUCAUUAUUUCGUUUUAUUAAAUAUAACCCUAAUUUUGUUCAAAAGCAACUUAGAAACACUUCAACUGCAGCGGCAGUUGGCUCACAGACAAAAAAGGGAAAACAUGAAAAAGUUGAGUUUAACUGGAGAGAUGCACUGAAUCUUGAAAGUCAUCUCACCGAAGAAGAAAUUAUAGUGAGAGACCAGUUCAGAGCAUAUUGUCAGGAAAAACUUAUGCCCCGAAUCACAGAAGCUAACAGAAAUGAAAUUUUUGACCCAGCAAUCAUGCGUGAAAUGGGAGAACUUGGUGUACUGGGUCCAAUGAUUUCAGGUUACGGUUGUGCUGGUAUUUCAUCAGUUGGUUAUGGUCUGCUUGCCAGAGAACUAGAAAGAGUCGACAGUAGCUAUAGAUCAGCCAUGAGCGUUCAGUCUAGUCUUGUGAUGUGGCCUAUAUAUGCAUAUGGAACAGAAGAACAGAAACAAAAAUACUUACCAAAAUUAGCUCGUGGUGAAUUGAUUGGUUGUUUUGGACUAACAGAACCUAAUCAUGGAAGUAAUCCUGGGGGCAUGGAGACAAAUGCUAAAUACGACUCACAAAAAAAAGCAUUCAAACUCACUGGAUCAAAAACUUGGAUCACAAACUCACCUAUUGCUGAUGUAUUUAUCGUGUGGGCAAAGUCUGAUGUUCAUAACAAACAGAUCAGAGGAUUUAUCCUUGAGAAAGGCAUGAAAGGUUUGAGUGCUCCCAAGAUACAAGGGAAAUUCUCACUCAGGGCAAGUGUCACUGGUCAGAUUGUCAUGGACGAUGUGGAAGUGCCAGAAGCAAAUUUACUACCAAAUGCUUCAGGAUUGGCUGGACCAUUUGGUUGCUUAAAUAGUGCCAGGUUUGGAAUUGCUUGGGGUACUCUGGGAGCAGCUGAAUUUUGCUUGGAGACUGCUCGACAAUAUACAUUAGACAGAAUACAGUUUGGUAAACCAUUAGCCAAGAACCAGUUAAUACAAAAAAAACUUGCUGAUAUGCUAACAGAGAUUUCCCUUGGACUCUUUGGAUGUUUACAAGUAGGCAGGUUGAAAGACCAAGAUCUUGCCACACCAGAAAUGAUUUCACUUCUUAAACGUAACAAUUGUGGUAAGUCUUUGGACAUUGCCAGGACAGCUCGUGACAUGUUAGGUGGCAAUGGAAUCUCAGAUGAGUAUCACAUCAUUAGACAUGUGAUGAACCUUGAGGCAGUCAACACUUAUGAAGGAACUCAUGAUAUUCAUGCUCUCAUUUUGGGACGAGCUAUCACAGGCCUUCAGGCAUUUACCAGUGAUUAGUUGGGCUUCAACGAUUUAUUGAGCUUAUUUCUGGAAAUAAUUUAAAUUGAAACACCUGCUAUCUGAAAAUAUCCAGUUAGCUUGUAUGACACUCAAUAAUUUAUAGAAAUGUACAUUAUUCCAGAAGAAACUAGAGAACUAUUCAAGUUGGUGGAUCAGUUGAAUUGAUUCCAUGUACUUGUAUAAUUUGUCAUAUUUCAUGUAGUUUAUGUUCUAAUGUCACUAUGCUAUGCAUAAGUUGAUUCUGUAAUUCAAAUUAUUAUUAUUAUUAUUUGUUAAUGGCUAAUGGCAUGCAGUAUUGUAUAGCUGUUAUUAUGUGUCCUGUGUUGGGAUUUGGUAAUCCACAUAUUAAAGUUACAAACCAAAAAACUUUGGCACAUUUUUUUACUUAUUAAAGUAAACAUUAACAAGAAAACAUACAAAAUACUUGCAAAACAACCAAAAAACUACCUUAUAUUAAGGGUAAUUGUAUCAAUUAGUUUAAAUCAGUCACAUGAUUAAAUUUGUAAUAGAUGUAGGCUAACAAUAAUAAAUAUGUGCUAUUAGAAAUAUUUUUUCCAAUUGUUAUUGUUUAGCACAAUUUCAAGCAUUUAGCUUUCUCACUGCUCAUGAUCCUGACACUUGUCUCAACCAGUUAGGAAAAAAAAGGGGGGGGGGGGGGGGUAAUCUAGGUGAAUUUUACUGUGAUCGCUUUUUAAAAACAUAAAAAAAAACUUGUUCACUCAGGGCUCAAGCUUACCACCACAUCUGUCAAGUAUGAUUUCUUUCCCUUGUUUGAUAUAAAAACAUAAUUAAUUACCAAUUGUUAAUUAACUAUUUUUUUGUUAACAUUGAUCUUGUUUUGUCAGGUUCAAGAAAUAAUGGUGCAAAAUCUUAACUUGAUCUGAGAUUGGGUAUGUGAGAAAUAACAUGUACAAACUUUUUACCAGACAGAGUGAAUCCACAUAAGCUUUGUAAAAAAGUAAAAUUUUGUUUACUGGAACUGAAAUUAACAUGUGCCUUCUAGUCCCAUUGUACAAUCAUGGUUUGUGAGUGCAUAAAAAAACAGUUGUUAUUAUGUUUGUAAAAAAUAUGUUCAUGUCAUUGUAAUUCUAUAGGUUUGUUUCUCCCCUUUGUGGCUUGGGACUUCAGUGAAGUAGUUACCAUAAAAUAUCUGUAGUCACAUUCUCUUGCUAUUAUUAUCAGUUUAUUAUUAGUACGUUAUAUCAAUGUAACACUUUGGUUCAAAUAUUUUGAGAUAUAUUGUGGUCUUGUGGUCAAAAUUUUCAAUUUGAGAACUUUGUAAAAAAAAUAUCUGAAUUUAGUUGAAUUGACAUUGGUUUGAGGUAAUCUAUAGUGUACAGCACCCAUUGGAAACAAUACCUUAUUAAUAAACAGCCAGUUUUGGGCUUGAAAACAUAUAUUGAAAUGUUCAUGAAAUACUUUUUGAGCACUAACUCGGUGAUAAUAAAUCUUAUUGUACCUUC